AUGGCUGAAAACCCGUUUCUGUUCCCAGAGAUUGAACCAUAUAGCACUGGAUUCCUCAAGGUCUCAGACAUACAUGAGCUAUACUACGAGGUCGUCGGGAAGGAAGACGGGAAACCAGUGAUCUUCAUUCAUGGAGGCCCUGGCGGGGGUUGUGGAAAGCGCGACCGAUGCUUCUUCAAUCCAGAGAUCUACAAGAUCAUCCUUCUUGAUCAACGCGGUUCGGGUCGAUCCAAGCCGACGGCAUGCCUGGAACAGAACACGACAUGGGACCUCGUGGAAGAUAUAGAAAAGCUCCGUAAGCAUUUGGGGAUUGACAAAUGGCUCGUAUUUGGGGGGUCCUGGGGUUCGACGUUGUCUCUUGCGUACUCCCAGGCAAGCUCUUAUUCGAAUGCUGGUUCAGUUCUGACCAGAGUAGACUCAUCCCGAACCCGUCAAGGGUCUCGUUCUGAGAGGAAUUUUCACCCUGAGGAAGAGUCUCCAGCUAAGCCGCUCAGCGAGCUAGACUUUUUCUACCAAAACGGAGCAUCGCAUUUAUUCCCUGAGGCUUGGGAGGAGUAUCUCGAGCCCAUUCCAGAAGAGGAACGCGGCGAUAUGGUAAAAGCUUACCACUCUCGCUUGAAUAGCGACGACGAAGUAAUCAGAAUUCGCGCUGCCAAGGCAUGGUCUAAAUGGGAAAUGGCCACUUCGAGACUCUUCGUGGACCCGGGCUACAUCUCAAGGGCAGCAGAGGAUGAUUGGGCAAAUGCUUUCGCACGAAUUGAAAAUCAUUACUUUAUCAACGAGGGCUUCAUGAGACAAGGUCAACUUCUGGAGAAGCAGUCCAUCGACAAGAUCCGCCACUUGCCCUGCAUCAUCGUCCAAGGACGUUACGAUGUAGUUUGCCCGGCAACGACUGCAUGGGCACUGAAAAAGGCAUGGCCAGAGGCAAAGCUCAAGAUUGUUCCAGAUGCAGGACACUCAAGUAUGGAGCCGGGAAUCUCGAAGCUCUUGGUCGAGGCCACCAACGAGUUUGUGUCGCUCUGA